AUGUUAGCAAGAUUUGCUUAUUCAGCUUGGUUAUUCAUUUUAGCUGCAAAUGCUUUAACUGUUUCCACGGACAAAACUUCAACAAGACCAAUUAAUUUAAGUAUUGGUGAUAUUAAAAUAGAUUCAGGUGCAAAAUGGUCAAUUCUUAAUAAUGCUCUUUCAGUUUUCGUUGGAGAUUUAGAAGUUCAAAAAGAUGCUGGUUUUUAUAUUUCAAGUACUUCUUCAAUAAUUGCAUUAACUGUUACAUUAUUCGGUGUUAUUAAUAGUAUUACAAAUGAUGGUAUUAUUUCAUUCAAUUCACAACCUUCGUUAAGUUCCUCAACUUAUGAUUUAAUUGGUGCUUCAUUUACAAAUAACGGUGAAAUGUAUCUUGCAGCUUCAGGUAUAUUACCAAAUAUAAUGGGUAUUACUUCAAUUUCAUGGCACAAUAAUGGUUUGUUAGUCUUUUCACAAAACCAAAGAAACGAAGGUUUUGUUGAAUUAGGUUCAAUUUUUGGAGAAAUUCAUAAUGACGGUCAAAUUUGUUUUAUGAAUCAUGUUUAUAGGCAAAAAUCUAAAAUCUCAGGUACUGGUUGUAUUACUGCUGAUUCAGAUUCUACUAUUUAUAUUGCUAACGCUGGUUUACCAGUUUCAUCUGGUCAAGCUUUUUAUUUGAAAGAUAAAGACUCAUCAAUUAUUGUUGAAGCUCUUUCAACUCCUCAGACUUUCAAUGUUUAUGGUUUUGGUGAUGGUAAUAAAGUUGGUUUAACUGUUCCAUUAGUUAGUUUACUUUCAAAUUCAUGGAGUUAUGAUGAUUCAACAGGUAUUCUUCAAUUAAAAGGUCUUGGUUCAUUAAAACAAAAUUUUAAGAUCGGUACUGGUUAUGAUAAGUCAAAAUUUAAAGUUGUUACCGAUUCAGGUGCGGGCUUACCUUCAACUUUAUUUGGUUCAUUACAAUAUAAUGUAUGUAUACUUAAAUUUGAAACAAUAGAUUUUGAUACUAACUUAAAAAUUUUAGGGUCCAGUUCCAAAUCCUGGUCAACCAUCAGAAUGUCAAGAAUGUAAACCUGUUCCAUCAAUUCCAGAUGAGCCAUCUAGCUCUUCAGCAUUACCAAGCUCAUCAUCUGCUUCCUCGUCGGCUCCAAGCUCAAGCGCUCAAUCAUCAAGUGAAUCAUCUAUCUCACCACCAUCUUCAUCAUUAACAAGCUCAUCUACCCAACAAUCAAGUGACUCAAAUUCUGCUGCUCCAUCAUCAAGCUCAGCUACCCAACCUUCAAGUGAAUCAAGCUCAAGUGCUCAAUCAUCAAGCGUAGGUGAACCAUCAACCACAACUACUGCUGUUACUUCAGAAUUUACCUCAACUUGGACAACAACUAACUCAGAUGGAUCUGUAGAGACUGAUCCUGGUAUUGUAUCAGAAUCAGGAUCAUAUUUUACAACAUUAACGACUUUCCCUCAAUCAACUAAUGACUUAACUACAGAAUUUACCUCAACUUGGACUACAACCAAUUCAGACGGUUCGGUAGCAACUGAAAGUGGUAUUGUAUCAGAAUCUGGAUCAUAUUUUACAACAAUACGACUUUCCCUCAAUCAACUAAUGACUUAACUACAGAAUUUACCUCAUCUUGGACUACAACCAAUUCAGACGGUUCGGUAGCAACUGAAAGUGGUAUUGUAUCAGAAUCUGGAUCAUAUUUUACAACAUUAACGACUUUCCCUCAAUCAACUAAUGAUUUAACUACAGAAUUUACCUCAACUUGGACUACAACCAAUUCAGACGGUUCGGUAGCAACUGAAAGUGAUAUUGUAUCAGAAUCUGGAUCAUAUUUUACAACAAUACGACUUUCCCUCAAUCAACUAAUGACUUAACUACAGAAUUUACCUCAUCUUGGACUACAACCAAUUCAGACGGUUCGGUAGCAACUGAAAGUGGUAUUGUAUCAGAAUCUGGAUCAUAUUUUACAACAUUAACGACUUUCCCUCAAUCAACUAAUGACUCAACUACAGAAUCUACCUCAACUUGGACUACAACCAAUUCAGACGGUUCGGUAAAAACUGGCAGUGGUAUUGUAUCAGAAUCAGGACCAUAUCUCACCACCUUAACUACCUUCCCACAUUCUAAAUCAUCAGGUAUUUGGUCAAAUGCAACUACUCCAGGUCCAAUUAAUACUGUCACAGAAGACCAAACCACAAUUAUCACUAUUACUUCAUGUGAAGAAAAUAAAUGUCAUGAAACUACCGUUCCAGGUACAUUGAGCCAUGUUACUACUACUGUGAACUCAGUUGAAACUGUUUAUACUACUUAUUGUCCAAUUUCAUCAGAAGAAACUGGUAAAACAAAUGACAAUACUGUAACUAAACCAGCUAAACCAACUGGAUCAAAACCAACUGCAGCUAAACCAACAGGAGCUAAACCAACAGAAUCAAAUACUAAUGCUGGAUCAAUUCCCCAAAGUACAACACCAGCUACAACAGCUGAAGAAUCAAAAGCUCCAGGUCAGUCAACUGUUUCACCAAAACCAACUGGAUCUAAUAAUGCAUCAGGUUCGCCACCUGCUUCAUCAGGAGCUGUUACACAAGAAUCUGGUUCAACUAAUCCAACUAAAGGAACUCAACACCAGAAAUUUCACAAGUUACUACAACGUUGA